AUGAAAGAGACUCUUGAAGUUCAGAGCUGCAUCAAAAGAUUUCCAUGGUUAGUUCAGAUGGUGAAGUCGAGACUAUUUCAUGAGUUUUGCGAUCAACACAGCGCAGAACAGAGAUGCUACUUCUGUUGCGAUUGUAUGACUCCUCCUUUCUGCAAGGUCUGCUUCAAAAAGAAUGAUCACAAAAACCAUCUUACGAUUCAAGCAUUUAAAUGUUCGAACAAGACAGGAGUAAGGACGCAGACAAUAUCAAAAUAUAUGGACAUAUCUGCGAUACAUAUAUAUUCAGUGAAUGGGUAUCCGAUUGUAUUUAUUAAUCAGAGACGUGAGAGUGAUAAUCAUAGUUCUAGAAACAAUGUUUUGCAUAAAUGCAAAGUCUGUGGAUGGCCUUUUGACGCUGCUUCUUGUGCUUUGUACUGUUCCGUAGAAUGCAAGUUUAGGAACGCUAUAUUCGGACCACAACUGGAUGAGAUGGUAGAGGGUUCAGAAGAUGUUGAACCCAUUGCGAAGAGAAAAAGUAGUUCAGAAGAUGUUGAACCAAUUGUUAAGAGAAAGGAGAGUUCAGAAGAUGUUGUUGAACCCGUUGUGAAGAGAAAACGUAGGAGGAAAGGGAUCCCAUGUAGAUCUCCAUUCUCAUAG